CCACUAUCCCAGGAUUCCCGACUCCCGGUUUCCUGCCUUUCUCCCCUCCCAGCUCCCGGAGCCUGCGGGAGCGGCAAGAUGGCGGACGGAGACGGAUUGGGUGAAGCAGCCACUGCUACGGCAUCUCCUCCUGCACCUGCUCCGGGCCUGAGCCCGUCGCUCGGCUGGAGGGAGCGGCUGCGGGCCGGACUGGCGGGGACUGGGGCCUCGCUGUGGUUCGUGGCGGGGCUUGGACUGCUUUACGCUCUGAGGGUCCCGCUGAGGCUGUGUGAGAAUUUGGCUGCGGUGACAGUAUUUUUAAAUUCAUUGACACCAAAAUUCUAUGUGGCACUUACAGGAACAUCUUCUUUGAUAUCAGGACUAAUAUUUGUAUUUGAAUGGUGGUACUUUCAUAAACAUGGCACGUCUUUUAUUGAACAAGUAUCUGUGAGCCAUUUGCGACCACUGAUGGGAGGAACAGAAAGCAGCAUUUCAGAGCCAGGUUCUCCUUCUAGCAACAGAGAAAGUGAAACCAGCAGACAGAAUUUGUCAGAAUGCAAGGUAUGGAGAAACCCUCUAAAUCUUUUCAGAGGAGCAGAAUAUAGGAGAUACACUUGGGUGACUGGUAAAGAGCCACUUACAUACUAUGACAUGAAUUUGUCAGCUCAGGACCAUCAGACCUUUUUCACCUGUGACACGGACUUUUUACGUCCUUCAGACACAGUUAUGCAGAAGGCAUGGAGGGAAAGAAAUCCUCCAGCUCGAAUCAAAGCAGCCUAUCAAGCUUUAGAAUUAAACAAUGACUGUGCCACUGCAUACGUUUUACUGGCCGAGGAAGAAGCAACAACUAUUGUAGAUGCUGAAAGGUUAUUUAAACAGGCACUCAAGGCAGGAGAAACAAUUUACAGGCGGUCACAGCAGUGCCAGCAUCAAAGUCCUCAGCAUGAAGCUCAACUGCGAAGAGAUACCAAUGUACUGGUAUACAUCAAAAGAAGAUUAGCAAUGUGUGCAAGAAAAUUAGGAAGAAUAAGAGAAGCAGUAAAAAUAAUGAGAGAUUUGAUGAAAGAAUUUCCUCCUCUUACCAUGUUGAACAUCCAUGAGAAUCUCCUAGAAUCACUUCUGGAAUUACAGGCCUAUGCAGAUGUUCAGGCAGUCCUAGCAAAAUAUGAUGAUAUAAGCCUUCCAAAGUCAGCAGCAAUCUGUUACACAGCAGCACUAUUGAAGACAAGGACUGUUUCAGAUAAAUUCUCUCCUGAAACAGCUUCCAGAAGAGGGCUAAGCACAGCAGAAAUUAAUGCUGUGGAAGCAAUUCAUAGAGCUGUGGAAUUUAAUCCUCAUGUUCCAAAAUACUUACUAGAGAUGAAAAGUCUAAUUUUACCUCCAGAACACAUUCUGAAACGGGGUGAUAGUGAAGCAAUCGCCUAUGCUUUCUUCCAUCUUCAGCACUGGAAGAGAAUAGAAGGUGCUCUUAAUCUCCUACAGUGUACGUGGGAAGGCACUUUUAGAAUGAUUCCAUAUCCAUUAGAGAAAGGCCAUCUAUUUUAUCCUUAUCCCAGCUGCACAGAGACUGCUGAUAGAGAGCUAUUACCUACCUUUCAUCAUGUUUCUGUUUACCCAAAGAAGGAGCUUCCUUUUUUCAUCCAUUUCACAGCAGGACUGUGUUCUUCUACAGCAAUGAUAGCUCUUCUCACACACCAGUUUCCUGAAAUCAUGAGUGUUUUUGCUAAAGCUGUAAGUAUGAUCUCAAGGACUUGUGUAGAGUAUUUGUAAAACACAUAAGAAACCAUCUCUGAUCUGUUUGUGCUAAACCAGCUGAUCAGGGGAAGAUGUUUGUUACCGUAAAUUACAGGAAUUGAUUUGUCAAGUAGCUCCAUAAAUGUGUCAAACAUAAGUUUUUGGUGACUUGGGCUAUAUUUUUGUUGCGUAAACGUUUAAAGAAUACAGUGGUACAACAUGAUAAAGUCGGUCUUUGUAGAUCACUUUUGGUGGUAAAUAUAGCGCUGUUCCUAGCUAAGGAAUAACCCAGUUCUUUUCAUUGCUUUCUUUUUGGCAUUAAAAAAAAAUCCCUAUUUGGGAAACAAUUUCCUAUUUCAAUUUUUCCAUUUAAAUGAAAUUAUUAAUGAUAAAGUCUGCUGAUGGAGAGUAAGUAGUAAGUAGGUAAGAUGGACAGAUGGAGCAUUCGCCUGGGUACAGAAUAUGCUUCUCUACUCAAAGCUUCUCACUGUUUUAUCUGUGUAUUCUUAAUUGGCCUUCCCCAACCUUGGAUGUAGAACCAUGGAUAGACCUUUAUUCUCAUUUUUUCCUUUAAUUUGAACUACUUCCCCAUUUCCUGAGCCGAGUUCAGAUGGUACGUGAAGACUGAUAUUAGAGAGACUAUCCCACGACUAUUUACUCUUCUAUACAAACUUAAUAAUUAAUGUCACUGGCCCAAAGUAAAAUUACCAAAGAGAAGUCCCUUUUAAGUUGAUAAGCCUUUAAAAAUAGGUCUUUUUUAAAAAAAUUAACAUAUAAUGUAUUAUUUGUUUCAGGGGUACAGGUUUGUGAAUCAUCAGUCUUACACAGUUCACAGCACUCACCAUAGUACAUACCUUCCCCAAGGACUAUCACGCAUCCCUCCCAUGCCCCUAUCCUCCAGGAACCCUCAGUUUGUUUCCUGAGAUUAAGAGUCUCUAAUGGUUUGUCUUUUU